UUGCAAUCCAAGUGGUAAAAGGUUGGCAAUUUUGAAGCUGAAGAAUCGGUGAAUCGGUGAAAGGCCACCGACACCAUAUCUGCCUACUGAAUGACCACAUAUGACUAGUCGCUAGAUUAUAUAACGGGGCACGUCUCCUGUUCUUCUCAUCCUCCCCAUCAAUAACAUCACUUGAUGUGUAUUGCAAUAGUCGUGGACAUAAUAAGCGAUAUUCACAUUUCACGUUUGUUUACUAAACUCAAAACACUUGUUUCUCCCAAGAAGUUCUAUUUCUACCUGCUGACAUCUAUCCGCCAUGUCUACAACCAACAACAACACAGUUCUCAUUUCAGGCGCAGGACUAGGCGGCUUAUGUCUCGCGCAGGCCCUCAAAAAGCAUUCAAUAUCUUUCAAGAUCUUUGAGAAGGACUUGAAACGCAGCUUUCGCGCACAAGGCUAUCGUCUCCGCAUAUCAGAGUUUGGCAUCUUGUCGCUUCAAUAUGCACUUAGUGACGAAAUAUGGAGUCUUUUCGAAAAGACAUCCGCUGUCUUUGAACCGUCCAAACCAGGCACACGUCUUAGUACGCAUACAGCUGAGGCCCUCGCUGCAGGAGCCCUUGGUGGUGGACCACCGCCGUUGGGGAAUGUGAAACCCUAUACAGUCGAUCGUACAACUAUGCGCGAUGUGCUUCUGACUGGGCUCGAGAAUGAGCUCCAUUUUGGAAAGGCUGUGGCAAACUAUACCACCACCGACAGUGGUGUUACGGUACAUUUCACCGACGGCUCGUCGGAGACUGGUGCAUUGCUGGUCGGUGCUGAUGGGGUCAAGUCGCCUGUUCGUCAGCAGCUGUUACCAGAGUAUCCGUUCCUCGACACCGGAAUGAGAAUUUUGUACGGGAAAACACCCAUCUCAGAGGAGUUCGAGAAGAAAUUCCUUGAGGAUGCGCAGCAUGGAAUGGCGCUUUUGUAUGACGAUGGUUCAAGUGAUAAUGCGCCUAAGACAGGGGUCUUGGAAGCAAUCCGGUUUCCGCAGGGGAAGACUGUGGAGCAUAUCACCUUACCGGAUGACUAUAUCUACUGGGUUAUGGUUCUGCGCAAAGAACACCUCCCGAUCUCAGACACGGAGGUUCUUCGUCUCGACAAUGAGGCAUCCUCCGACUUGGCGGUGUUACUGACGAAAGGAUGGCAUUCACGCCUCAAGCCAAUGAUUGAGCUGCAGGAUCGAACACAAACUUCCACAUUGAAGAUGAGUUCAGUUGAUCCGUCGAUGCCAGACUGGGAGCCCGUGUCAAGGGUUACCCUGUUGGGAGAUGCGAUUCAUAAUAUGCCGCCUACGGGAGGAGCUGGUGUUAACACUGCACUGCGCGAUGCAGCCGAUCUGGCUCGAAAAAUUGUCGAUGCUGGAGGCACAGGAAAUGUUACGAAGGCUACUAUCUCUGAAUAUGAGAAUGACCUGAGAGAAUUCUCGAGGAAGUGGGUAGGCUUAAGCUGGCAGGGCGGCACAAAGGCUUUUGGUCUGAAGCCGUUGGAGGAGUGCGAGAAGCUUAGCAUCUAGAUGGACUUAAAUCAUAUAUUAAUUAUAUGGGUAUAUUCCUAUUAUCUGUCCACAAUGCCACUGACUGGCUGUUCUGGUCGUUAGGGUCAAUGGUUGGAUUUUCUCUAGAUACGGACUUGCUGCUAAUCAUGUAUACUAGCACAUAGACAAUCUCAUUCAUCUUCG